ACUCAGCCCGCUACAGAAUACGAACCAUCGGUGCAAUCGAGGGUCUUCUUCGAGCUAUCAGGGACGUCUGUCUGUUUCUCAUGCGACUAUAUCCCGUGGCCAUGCACUGCCCCGCUAGUGACGAUCCCUGAAUUCGUGGAUCGGCGGGUCGAGAUACUCAGAGUGUUGGAAAUGGCGAAUAGAAAUGAAGACACCCAGACCUCAGCCAAUCAACGCAACAGGACCAUCAUCUGGGGCUUAAUCCAGAUGGUCACCUCCGGCAUUGUGCCUACCUACAACCUCUUCCAGUCUGAGUGCUCGAAUGCAAGCGAGAUAUACACUCUUACUCCUUCCACUCCUUCCACCGUCCCUCUCCAGUGUGUACACAUUGGUCAAGGCGCGAUACCUAACACACUCGCCGAUAUCCCUUGCGACCGCUUAUCAAUCGACGAUCUGCUCGCCGAACUCAACAAAAUCCUCGGGACAUCAUACACGCUCGACACCCCAGGUCUUCAUGACUUCUUGGACUACGCGCUCGGCACUUCGCAUGAUUUUGGGGAGGUGUACGGCACACUACGCAGUCUACGCUUGGAGUGGUCACACUGGCGGCGACCUGAGGACUCUGCUGCAGCACUCGCCGAGAUGAAACGUCGCCGCCAUAAGAUCCAGCAAAGGCGGAACAAAGCCAUUCGCGGUCGCUCUGUCCAGGACACUCAGAUUCCUCCUCGACGUGUCUGGGAUCUGUACAGCAACCGAGUCCUCCCAUACCAUGUCAUGCCUCCGACAGAGUUCGAGUUUAUUGACUUCGUGCCUGAUGAACUAUGGACAGUGUCACACAGCUGGGUACACGCACAAGAGCGCGAGGAUAUCAUGACCCCAAUCAAUGGAUGCCGAUGGCCUGUUCCGCUUCCCCGCGGCAUAUCACUCGACCACAUCCGCAUCGAGCUACUGAACAUGGGCGCCGAGUACGUCUGGCUCGACGUCCUUUGUUUAUGGCAGGAGGGCAUCACGGAGGACGACAAAGCUCGGCUGGAGGAGUGGAAGCUCGACGUACCCACCAUCGGCCACAUCUACCAAGCCCGUCCAUACGGCAGGCCGUGCGUCACAUAUUUCAACGGCUUGGGCUUACCGCUCGAUCCAUCACCAGCGGUCAUCGAAUCGGACAGGCACUGGUUCAACCGUGUGUGGACCUUGCAGGAGACGCUGCCCAAUUGGAUACCUGGCGGACUCACUGCGGUACCUCACUCCGAUAGUCCGAGUUUCUUUUCUCACCUGCAGAACCUCUUGCGAAGCCUGUCGACUCAGAGUCACUUUCAGAAGAGUUUCGACGCUCCUCGAGCUAUGGCGAAACGCUAUUGCACCACAGAACUCGACAGGAUCGCCGGAAUUGGUUAUUUCCUGCAAUGCCCGACGCUACCGCUCUACGAUCGAUCGGCUUCCUUGGAGUCUGCAUGGGCAUUGCUCAUCAAGCACAUGGAUGCACAGCAGCUGACACGGCUAUUCAUCCAAUACGAGUCUGAUGUGCCGUUCGGACUCUUUGUCUCAUGGGCAGGGUUUUUAGCAUCCCGACCGGCGCUGCAGUGCUCGUGGCAGCUGAUGGAUCUUCUAGACCCUCACACGAAUAAGCUAGGGCAAUAUUUCCAUGAACCGCUUGCCACCACGCCCUGCUACAUUAUAUCCUCACCCGGCGACACACACCAGGACAGCGGACCACAAGCACUCCAGCUCCACUUCUACAACCGCACUGAUCCUAUUACCGUGCAAGUCUCCACUACCGGAACGCAUGGAUGCCUUGUCCCGAAUGUUCCGUAUCGUCUUCUUCACAUCGGAGGCUCGGGGAUAUUCUGGGCUGUAGUUGAAGUGGUCGGAGAGCGAGGCCGGCGGGGCGAGAGGACUCUUGAGGUGAUCAAGUGGGGUAUGAUUCAAAUAGACAGGAGUGAGGGCUGGGAAUUCAGGAAGCUUGGGCUAGCGGCAGGACGUACAAAAGUGGUGUAUCUGUCGGGUAAGGAUGCUCUGGCCAAGAGCGGGCACGUCGAUAAGUACAUAGAGGCAUUCAACAGGGCGAGGAAGAAUCUGCAGGCGGAGAACAAGUCGUAGUGUAUGUAGCUAUACACAACAAGUAUGUACAGCACGAGUUUCGAACCUAUGGAUCGCACGACAAGAUCUAUCAUACUAGCUACAGUGUCCAAGUUGUGUGGGCCCAUCCACUCUCUUUUACCCGCCUCUCUUUUACCCGCCUCUGACCUCAGGCUGUCUGUCGCCGUCUCGAUUAUUGUGUCCGUCAGCGAGCCAGCCCUGCAUUUUUAGGCGAAGGCGUACUAGAACGACCCAUGGACGACGAGUUUCGGCUUGCGCGUGCUUUUGAUUUGCGAAGAGCCACGGCAGACUGCCGACCAGCGUGCUCUCCGCGCGCUUCGGGCAGCGAACUUGAAUGAGAGCGUUGUGUGACGGAGGCGACUCGAGCGUGCGAGAAGGCGAAGCAGUUGUAUUGCGCAACAUACAGCCAGGUACAUGUAGAGCAUCAGAUAAAUCUGGAUUGUAACCCGACUGAACAUCUACCGUACCCGCAAUACCCGAACUGCGUUAGGGAACUACUGCCGUCCCUUCCUGUCCUCCUCCGAUUUGCCUGCCGACAACUGGAUGACUGUAAAUAUGUUGCCAUGAACCAGACCCUGCAUCUAUGUCCCAGCUGGCCACCUGUGCGCGGGCGACGGAGACGUUAAAUGUCAAAUUAGCUAUACAUGACCGCCUUCCGCAUGUGCACAUCCCCAAGCAAUCUUGUAACGUUGGCCGUAUGGCACUCCUCCCGGAAGCUUGCCAGCUCAAUUGAGCGAGACCAGACCUUCAUCUGGUCGCGCAGAGCGUGUUCCGCCUUGAGGACAACGCGGAGGUGGACAUAGUAGGCGGCCGAGUCGGCAUGUGGGUCGAGUUAGAGCGCAUACUCUUCCUCUGAGAAACACCG